AUGCUCGUCCCGCCCGAGAUGAUAGCGGUCCAGUCGAAGCUUAUCUACCAGAUGAACAAGUACUGCGCCGACCGGGUGCAGGCCCGCAAGGCCCAGAUACACAAAACCAUCCAGGAGGUAUGCCGGGUGGUGCAGGACGUGCUCAAGGAGGUGGAGGUGCAGGAACCGCGGUUCAUCUCCUCGCUCAACGAUUACAACGGCCGUUACGAUGGGCUCGAGGUCGUGUCGCCGACGGAGUUCGAAAUCAUCAUCUACCUCAACCAAAUGGGUGUGCUGAACUUUGUCGACGACGGCACGCUGCCCGGCUGUGCCGUGCUGAAGCUGAGCGACGGCCGCAAACGCUCGAUGUCGCUGUGGGUCGAGUUCAUCACCGCGUCCGGCUACCUGUCCGCCCGGAAGAUCCGGUCCCGGUUCCAGACGCUCGUCGCCCAGGCCUGUGAUAAGUGUUCGUACCGCGAUUCGGUGAAAAUGAUUGCCGACACGACCGAGGUGAAGUUGCGUAUUCGGGAGCGCAUCAUUGUGCAAAUAACGCCCGCGUUCAAGUGUGCCGGUCUCUGGCCGCGGUCCGCUUCGCACUGGCCGCUGCCGCAGAUACCGUGGCCGCAUCCGAACAUCGUGUCCGAGGUGAAGACGGAGGGUUUCGACAUGCUGUCGAAGGAGUGUAUCGCGCUGCAGGGGAAGAAUUCCGCGAUGGAGGGCGAUGCCUGGGUGCUCAGCUUUACCGAGGCCGAAAACAAGCUGCUACAAGGUGGUUGCCGAAGGCGUUGCCUCAGCAUCCUCAAGACGCUGCGCGACCGGCAUCUCGAUCUGCCCGGCAACCCGGUCACCUCCUACGUGAUGAAGACGCUGCUGCUGUACGAGUGCGAGAAGCACCCGCGCGAGAUGGAGUGGGACGAGAACUGCAUGGGUGACCGCAUCAACGGCAUCUUUCUGCAGCUGAUCUCCUGCCUGCAGUGUCGCCGGUGUCCGCACUACUUCCUGCCAAACAUGGACCUGUUCAAGGGCAAAUCGCCCGGUGCGCUCGAGAACGCGUCGAAGCAGGUAUGGCGGUUGACGCGGAUCAUGCUCACGAACUCGCGAUGCCUCGAGGAGCUGUAA